AUGAAAGGGAAGGGGAGUAGCAAGAAGGUGAUAUCUAUCAACGACCCGUCUGUAGCGAAAGACUUUAGUCCGAUUUCACAAAUAGUCGAGGAAAACGGAAAGAAAGUGACUCGGGUCUGGGAGAAAGUCAAGUUUUUAGGAAGUGGUGGGUUUGGGACGGUCUUCAAAGUAGUCGAUAAGAAGACACAAGAGGAACUUGCCGUGAAAGUCAUAUUAAGAGAACCACUUAAAGGCACGGUAUUACAGAAGUUACGAAGUGAGGUCCAAAUACACUCAGAUCUUGACAACGAUAGAAUUGUAAAGAUGAGAGAAGUGUUUGAAGAUGUCGAGAAGAAGUACAUCUACAUCUUGUUGGAUCUUUGCAACAUGGAAACGUUAAAGGAAGUUUCUUCAAGGCGAAGAAGACUACAUGAGCCCGAGAUAGCGUAUUGGAUGAAAGAGGUGAUUGAAGGCGUCAUCUACUUACACCAACAAAAGGUCAUCCACAGAGACUUGAAGCUUGCCAAUAUAUUCAUUCACGACAUGCACGUCAAGAUCGGCGAUUUUGGACUUGCGGCACAGUUGGAUUCGAACAGCACAACGAGAAAAACGAUGUGUGGUACUCCAACGUCAAUGGCGCCUGAAAUUAUUACUAAAACUGGACAUUCAUAUGCGGUCGACAUUUGGGCGAUUGGAGUCAUGUUGUAUUACCUCAAGUUUGGGAUGACCCCCUUUGGAUCGACUUCUCGCGAUCACGUUUAUGACAAGAUCAAAAAAUGUGAGUACGGAUUCCCGCCGACUAAAAGAAUAUCAGACGCACUUGUGAAAUUGAUUGAUAACUCGUUAAUGAAAGACCCAACAAAACGACCGACCGCAGACCAACUGUUGCAGUUUGCCUUUUUUGAUCCACACGUUGUGCCUGCGUCGUUACCAGAAGACUCUCUGAUGCACGACAUUGAUAUUAGAAAUCUUGUGUAUUGUGGAGAAAAUGAGGAUAAGAAGGUGCAACUACCCGAAAUUGAAUCCAUCAAGAGGUCGAUGAAGGCUAUGAUCACGAAACGACCAGCCGUCAAUGCUGUGGUGACUGAAGGGAAGGAGUAUAAUGUGAUCAUCGAUUAUUUAGACAAAACGGAUAAGUACGGUGUGAUCUAUUUGAUGGAGGACUCCACUGUUGGUGGGAGGUUCAACGACAACACGACCAUCUUUUUUUAUGGGGACUAUUAUUCAUAUUACGGGAAAGACUUAUCGAAGCUCGACGUUGCUGCGAACGAAAUCGAUAAACAGACUCACGAUGUGAACAAGAAGUGCCGCAUUAUCAAAGGAUUUUUGAAAAAUUUGGAGGGAGGGGAUAAGACGAAAAAGGAUUUGAAAAUGUGUUUGGUGAGGAAAUACAACAAGGAGGAAAGGUUUUCGACGUUUAUAUUUGAGGACAACUCGAUGGAGAUAUUCUUUGGGAAGGAGGUUGCGUACUUUGUGAACCCAUAUCAGGAGAAUUUGAUUGUGAUCAAGAAUCGGCAAAAGUACCCGUUUGAGCUGGAUAAAAGCAAAAUUCGACAAGUCGACCCGAGGUGUGAUGAGCAUUUUGGAUUGCUGAAUUUGGUGUUGGACGAACUGGCGAAUAAGAUUGUGGUAAUUAAUUGA